GCCUAUAGUAGUAUAGUUCAUGCUUAUUAUAGGCUUAUAUUAUGAUCAUAUUAAUAUGAUUUAGGAUAUUAUUAUGAUCUAAGUUAUAAGUUAUAAGCUGGAAUAUGGUCUAUGCAAGGUGUAUUCAGUAUUGAUACAAUGAUACACGUCCAGCUUGGGUCUAUCGUCUAUGCAAAGUCGUCCACGGUAACGUAGACAACAGUUGUUGUUACCAUGGCAGUGGUUCCGAUGGUAUUUUUAAUCUUAUCUCUGGAAGUCUGACACUCUGAACUUGUUUAGACUUGAAAUAACUUGUCAUUACAUGCUUCACAAUCGCCCAGAAUGUUAAACUUUUAAACUUGUAACAUUUAUUCAGACUUUAUACCGGUAUAUAUUAUUCCAAGUGUCGCAUGAUCUCAUGUAAUAUUAUAAUGGAUACUAUUAAAUUUGAAAAUGAGGAAAUAAUUGAGGUGGUCAAUAGUGAAGCCGAAACUGAAUCACCAUCUUGCAGUGAGGAAUCAGAAUCUUAUUACCAACAUUUAAGACAAACUGGUUUACAAAUUUGUACUGAAGAUUAUCCUGGGCAAUUUAAUUUUGACUUUUUUUUAGAUUCUACAGAAAUUUCUAAAAGGCAUUGGAUGUACUCAGCCGUUUUAAAUAAAGUAUACAUUGAUAUGAAUCGAGUACUGCCUAUUCAGUUCCAAUGGAAAUUUGAUGAUAUUGGAUUAAUAGGAAUAAAAAAUCUUCAAAUACGUGCAUUACCAAUUUUUGCAAAUUCUGAAUUUCAACAGUUGUCCAUCAAACGUUGCCCUAUACAUAUUAUGCAGGAUAAAUUGUGUGAUAGAAAAAAAAUGGAACAUAUACUUUGGUGUGAACAGAGUGAUGCUGUAUAUGAACAAAAUCACACGAGCCAAAGGCACAGUGUUAUUGCCAUUGUUCAUAAUUUUGUACCUUGUUCAGAUUUUAAAACUUACAAUGUGUUAUAUAAAUUUAUGUGUAAAUCUAGUUGUAGUAUGAGUCUUAGCCGAAGACCCAUUUAUGUAGUUUUUACUUUAGAAACCUUACAUGGACAAGUAUUAGGUAGAAAAAAAAUUGGUGUAAAAGUUUGUAGUUGUCCAAGAAGAGAUAUGUUAAAAGAAGAAGAAAUAGAAAAAAAAAGAAUAAAUGGAGUAAAUGCUUUUAACAAACGUACAACAUUAAUUGAGGAUAACGAAAUUCCAGGAAAAAUACCAAAAACUAAUAGUGAUAAUACCGAAGAAAAAACGUAUGAUCUACCAUCAUUACCUAUUCUAGGAAAACACUUAUAUUUAAGCACUUUAGAAUUAUUACAUGGUCAUUUUUUGGGCAGUGCCGUUCGAGAAGAUCGCUUAAUAGACUCACAUCCUUUGAUUAGCAUGCUUUCUGAUCUAAUAUCUCAAGUGAAAUCCGAAAAUAAUAAUCAUAACAACAAAGCUGAUUCGGAAAACCAAUUAACUCAGAUAAAUUAAAAAAAGCCAUUGAUGUGAUAAUGAUAACAUUGUAAAAGUAAUUUAAUUAUUAAGUUAAAACACUAACUGUUUCUUCUAAAAUGUAAAAAAAAUUAUAUAUCUUUCUCUUCUAUAAUUUUGGAUUGUGAUUAUUUUCUAUGUAGCCUUCAUAUUUUACAACAGCAGAAAUAAUCUAAAAUAAAAAGAAUAAAAAUUAAGCUGUGAAUAUUGUUAUAACGAUAACAUAGUAUACAUAAUACAUAUAGAUUUUACUGAAUAUACUGUAAUUAUGUUCUAUGUAAAACUUUCAGAAGAAUUUUAUAACUAAAUAUUGAGUAUUGAUCUUUAAAUUAUUAUUACAGAAAACUAAUUUAAUUAAUUUACUGUUCGGUGAGAAAAAAUAAUGUUAUUGAAAAUGAUAAACUUAACCUACAAAAAGUAAAUUGGAUAUCACCUUAAUAUUGUUGUACACCUACUUCAUUAUUAAAAUAUUUAUAUUAUUAUUUAACUGUUUUAAUCACUUGUAUUAUUAUUACCUGA